ACCAACCACGCAAAAUGGAAGAAAAAUCGGAAGAAAAUUUUAAAAUAACCCAAGAAAUUAUACAAAUUAAACCAAAAACUAAAUAUUUAAGUGCCACGGAGUUAACCACAUUAAGAAAUCAUGAAAUUCAAAACAGCACAGCCGGCUUGAAAAGAACAAAAGUGGAAAACUCGCCGGAAGAACAAAAUGAUUUGGAAAAGUUGUAUGAUAAUUUACAAAGCCAAUUGUCUAGACCUCGCAUAGAACGCUUGGCCGGCAGAGCUGUGGGUGUUUGGGAUUCGGCUAAGCAAUUGGUGCGUGUGGAACGUAAAGAUGGCAAAUUUGGUAAUUUUGGCUUUAGCAUUGAGGGACAAUUGUAUUUGGAGUAUUAUGAGGCGUUAUUUUUAUUAGAAGUGAAUCGCCUACAGCUGGAAUACAACUCUACAAUAGUGUCCAUUGAGCAAGCCUACUUAUUGCUAAUGGGCGAGCAGCAUUCCCCCAAAUACCAGGAAUAUCUAGUCUAUUCCAAUCUUACCAGAGUGGGCUAUAUUUUGGUGAAACAUCAAAAUAUACACUUCCAGACACAACAAAUCAAUAACGAAGCCGAUUGUGUAUGGGCGGUUUUGGAAGCUGAACUACAAAAUGAAUCGGUAGCGGACUAUGUCAAGAAAACACAAUUUUAUAAAAAAGUUAAACAAAAAUUUGAUUCAGUGAAAAAUAUAAUUAAAAAUCAAACGGUAUAUGAAGAAGAAAAGGAACAGGAAAUGACAACAACUGCCUCAAAUACAUCUAGUGAAUUGAAAUUUUCGCAAAAAAUUAAACCCAAUUUAAAAAGAAAAGCUAAUAAUGAAGAGAGCCAAAAUGAAUGGCUAACAGCCAAAAGACAUUGUAAUUAUGCUCUCAAAGUAUUUCAGCAUAGUUUGGUGGAUUUCCUUAAAGAGGAAGAUGAUUACAAGCAAUUUAAAGAAAUAUUUGAAAAAUUCGAUUUGGUGCCUUUAAAAUUAAAUAAAGAAAAAGAAAGGGAUGAAAUGGAUGAAGAGAAUAAAGAAGCAGAGACAGAUAUUGAAAGUGACCAAGAAAUAGAUGAAGUGUUUACAAAAUUCUCCAUUAAUUUCGAUGUUUAUUUACACAAUGAAGGCUUUCGCAAAAGCUCUCCCCAUUUACCCAAUUUUCGUGUUAUUGUUUUGCAGCCCCAGCAAAAGUUUGCCACCCAUGAUGAAAUAUUUCGCACACAUUGUCAACAAUUGAAUGCGGUACCCUUAUUAAUUGUCUCCGUAAAUGAUUCCAAACAAAUGCAGGCAUUUUUAUAUUAUUUUAGUUAAUAUCUAUUCUAUUUAAAUUUCUAAACAAUUUACCUCAAAUUCUUAUUUGUUUAUGACUUGCUGUUAAUUAUGGCGUUUAAAUAAUAUUUUAACGCCUCAUUUAUUAAUUCCAUUCAUUUAUUUAAUAGUUGAUGUUCCAUGUUCAUAUUUUUAUGUGUAAUUAAUAUCUUUAUUUUUGUAUUUGGCACCGUUUGUUUCCAGAUCUCGCUUCUAACGUUUAAUACAAACAAUAAAAUUAGAGUUUUCUGGGGUAUUUUUUUUGUUUUUCGAUAAUAUAAUUUUCAUGGUUCAUUAAAUUUGUUAAAUUUAUUUAAAACUACUACCUGCUGAGCGUAUACGCAAUUUAUUUGUGUUUAUUUUUUUUGUUAGAGAAAUAUGUAUUUGUUUUUCUAAAACAUUGAUUGCCUGCCUUAGGUGUAAAAAGAUCGCUAAAGACUUUGCAUUAUUGGUUAAAAUUUAUUACAAAUAUUGUUAAAACUUUAGGUAAUACCCCUGAAAACAAGUCUACCCCCACCAUUUAAAUGAUACAAAAGACAGAUAUUUAUUCUUAUUAUACAUAUAUAUUCCAAAUCAUUUGACGUAUAAAUUGUAUAUUGUUAAACGAAAAUUAAAUAUAAACAAUUGUGUCGUUGUUAUUGUUUUAGCGGUUAAACACAAAAUUUGUUAAUUAAAAUGUUUGUUUAUUAUUUUGUAUAUUUAGUAUAUUAAUGAAAUGUAUAAAGAAACCAACAAUAAGUCAAAUCAAAUCAACUAAUUAUUAAAGUAAAUUCAAUUUCUUGCUACUAAUUCAAAUAAAUACCAAAAUUUGUGUCCUAAA